CAGGCUCUUCACGUCUGCGCUGAUGGAGCAUGUUCCAUUUGUUGAAAAUUGAAUCUGUCUGUUAAUGGCAGCCGUUCUCUUGUCAAUACGAGAGUGCUUGAUGAAGUUCACGCGCGGGGCGAACACGCCCAGAUUGUCUGACACGAUGGAACAAACAACCCAUUUCAUAGCAUAAAGGAACUUCAAACCGAUUACCUUGGAUAUUAGAACUACCAACGUAUUUCCUGUCAUUGGCGACUACUAGAUUACCUGGCAUAUUAGAACGACACUGUAACGGCUGACCUAAGCGCAACAAUGAAACCCAGAAAAGUCUCCAGGAUUCUACUGAUCCUCCUCUUCAUGACGUCAGGCGUGUUUCUCCUCCUGAUCAGCUGGACCAAACCUUUCCUCGUCUACCAGCACGAUUACGUCCCCUCCCUGGGCUACCCUGACCGCUCCAGCAACGCCACGUACCUGCUGACGCCCCAGCGCGGGUUCUUGCUGGACACCCCGUACUGCAAGAUCCCGGACAUUGACCCCUUCAGCCCGUCCAUCAUGAACCGGCUCAGCCGGCACGGAGAGAUGAUCUGCCCCGGCAAGAAAUCCAUCACCUACACGCACGGAUCAGCGCUGAUGUUAAACCGAACCAGAAUUGAACAGGACCUUCAAGGCGACUUCAAGUACUGCAUCUACCAGCCCAUCCUCCGUAUCCAAAACUCAGAUUUCCUCUUCGUGUAUGGCGACGCCAGUAAAGAAUUCGACCAUGACAUCCUCGUACCUCCUCAGGAUGAAUUCUUCAGACUUUACUGCUUUAGCCAGAGCGACGGGAAAAUAUCGACCAACUUUCACGCGACGGUCGCACCGAAGGAGUCAGUCGAGAGGAGAUGCAGUUACAAGUUCGAGAAACACAAGAAGACCCACGCACCGAAAGAGGUUUACAAUGUUCACAUGAUUGGCGUUGACUCCGUGUCGAGGCUGAACUUCAUCCGCCAGAUGCCUCAAACGCGGGCGUUCUUGCAUCAAGAACUCCGAGCGUUUGAAAUGGCUGGGUACAACAAAGUAGCCGACAAUACGUUUGUCAACAUCGUUCCGAUGAUGAUGGGGAAGUUCGCCCACGAGAUUGGCUGGAACGAAACGAUGGUUCACCAUCCGUUUGACGAGUACCCUUUCUUCUGGAAGAACUUCUCCAACGCGGGGUAUCGUACGCUGUACGCAGAGGACGCGCCGAAGAUCGCCAUCUUUGUUUACGAUAAAGAAGGUUUCCACGAGCCGCCAGCGGACUACUACAACCGCCCGCUCUCCCUCGCCAUGGAAAGACAGCGGAGUCUGUGGAACAACAACCACCACUGCAUCGUGGACAGACUCGAGACCACCAUGGUGCUGGACUACGUCACCGACUUCUCGAGGGUUUUCAAAGACAAGCCUCAUUUUGGAUUUACUUUCAUAACGAGGCUGACGCACGACAGCCUCAAUUUAGCCGGGUCGGCUGACUACGCUUAUGUGCAGUUUCUGAAAAAAUUUAAAGAAGAGGGCCAUUUAAACAACACGGUCCUCAUAUUCUACAGCGAUCACGGCUACCGUUUCGGGGAUAUGAGAAGCUCAUACAUGGGCAAAGUCGAAGAACGAUUGCCGUUCAUGUAUUUAGUAUUCCCCGACAGCUUUCAUAAAAAUUACCCACAUCUUGUUAAAAAUUUAAAAACGAACGCAUUUCGAUUAACAACGCCAUUCGAUAUAUACGAAACGCUGAAAGACAUUUUAUUUUUCGAUGGCCAAAACCGCAAAGCUGACGUGAAAGACAGGGGAAUAAGCCUGCUGAGGGAGUUGCCUAAAGAGAGGACGUGCGACUCUGCCAGCAUCCUGCCGCACUGGUGCAUGUGUCUGGUGCAGAAAACUCUCAACGCCGAGAGCAGGCUGGCGCGGAAGAUCGGCCAGGCGGUUGUGGAAAAAAUCAACACGAUGCUGCUGCCAGCCUCUCACGUCUGCGCCGUUCUGGAACUGGACAAAAUUAAAGACAUCGUCAAGAUGGAAUCCAACGAUCGGGUUCUGAGAUUCACCGACAGCUUCCAUGAUGUCAUAAACAGGACGGUGGUGUACGGGGAUAAAACCGAGGCGCCUGUGAUAUACCAGACGACACUUAGCACCUCCCCAGGUGGUGCUGUAUUUGAAGCCACCAUCACACACGACAAGUUCACCGAUAUGUUUACGCUAGGCGGUGACGUCAGCAGGAUUAACGCCUACGAAGACCAAUCAAAAUGCGUUCAAAAUUUUAAACUAAAAAAAUUCUGUUACUGUGUUAUUUAAAUUAGAUCCAGGUAGCUCUGACGUUUCUAUUUAUAGCUUUAGCUGAACAACAUAUCAGUCCGCGAUAUAUUUAGUGAUGCGGUCACUAAAACCUGUGGUGGUUGUCCCAAAAAGAAUGGUUGUGCUUAUCUCUAUAUUCAAAUAGCUUGUUCGAUUACUUGCAAAUAAGGAAAAAACAUAUUACUCCGCCAUUUUCUU